AUGCCUCCUCGUGUUGUUGCCAGCCCCAAGAAGAAACAGACCAAGCGCAAAGGUUUGGAGGUGUCUAAGCGUCAGUCUAAGAAGCCCCGAGCAGCAGAACCUGUCAAGACAUCUGGCACGCCACUCAUGUCACUCCGUCUAGAUAGAAUAAGCACUGAUGAACCUGAUAGACAUUCUGGCCGCGCCAAUGCAGGAACGGGAGGUGGGAAGGCUCAAUUGGAGAAGAUUGGAGCAUUGUUAGAAGCUCUGUCUUGGGUUGCACCCCGCCAUAUAGUUCAUCAGCUACUACAAAUGUUCCUAACACCUCACGCGCAGAUGUUUGCUAUGCACACCACUGCUGUCCCUCCUGACCCAGGUCUAAACACUGUUGGGAGGAAAGUUGUUGGGAAGCAACCUCAUAAAACUGUAACUGGUCCUAGUGUAGCUAAUUCAGUUGCACCGCCAACUGGCUUUCUGGACCAGAACAUGUGUGACAUCCCUGUGCAAGGAUUCAUUGGUUCUGAUGACAAAGAUGACAAAGAUGACAACAACAACGAGGAAGACGAACAGAAGGAGAAGGAGGAGAAGGAGAUGAGUCACCAGCAGUUUGGCUGGGGAGAGGAUUUUCUGGGCAAGAGCUUCCUUCGCAACCUCAAGUCACUCAUCCUCUUACACCAGAAUUUGAGUUUCAAUAUUCCCGCGAUGAAGAUGACGCGGUUGCACAGACCAAUGUUUCAUAUUCCUCUGGAUACCUUGCACAUGCAGCCACAGUCACAGGAAGUUCAGAUCACGAUGUCACAACCCAACAACGUAUUAAGAUGCCAUCACAAGAUGAAUGGCCGGCCACGCCUUCCCAAUCCUGGAACCCUUGAGUUGUUGCAUCAAGUCGAGUCUGACGAGGACCAACCAACUCAGCGGUCUAAAACCAAACAAUCCAGGAAACUUGAUGGGCCAAAGCCCACUCAACUAGCAUGGUAUGGUCCACGAUGGAAAUGUUUUCUUGAGGAUGCUAAAGGAGAAUGUCGUGUGCAACAUGCCCUGGACAAUCCCUUCCCAGCUUUAGUUGCCAAUUUACCGUCGUCUUUGUACAAUGAUCUUGCAACCUGGCGAUCCGACUUGAAGAAAUACGUUAUGAGCCUUGCGCCCCAAUCAUACUCGCUCAUUCCCCGCCUUCGGUCCCCAUCUAAGAACGUGCAGAGACCUUACCGAAUCGCACACAGGCAACCAGACAUAUUCCACAACCAAUUGCCUGUGUCAUGUCUGGCUUUGUACAACUGUGUUCUCAAUGGUCUCGCAAAGAAUGGCCACAGAAAAUAUUACCCAAAGUUUACUGCGAGGGAAUACAGCCCUAUCUACUCCAAAAUGGUCCAAAUGCUCAAGGACAUCCUUCAGGAUCUGUAUCAUGGCCCUAGGACCGCAAGUUUGAGGGUCGACGGAGCUGUGGGGGCUCAACAUGACCACCUGCAGAUCAUUCUUGACUGA